GUUUUACACCGGAAGUACGCAGUACCCUAACGGUAAAAAUAGCAAUUAAAUAACGUUAAUCAGUAACUUUAUGUUGUUAAAUCACCUGUUUGAUAGAGGAACAAGCUCUUCCCAGAUGUUAAAAGGAACUACUUCCUACAAAACUUUGUGAACCAUCAGAUGGAGAGUCAAGUCGUCAUCAACUGGGGAUGCUACACUCCUCCCUGUGGAUUGAUUUGAGUGACAGGGAGAUAAAUUGAUGCUCAGUCCGAGUCCUCCUCAUAGGUCACCUCAGUCUGAACUCGUGCCAUAACCUCAAACCUCCAGAACGUCACUCAGUGCAGCUUUAAAGCAAUAAGAGUCUCAGCGGCUGAAACAUGAGCUUCUUAUCUGAGCACACACACCCUCAUCAUGACUUCAUGCUCCGUCUGUGACAGCUGAAUUCUGCCCAACAUCUCUGAAUAUCUGAUUUAUGUGACGCUUCUGAUCGAAGAAACUUUCACAUGAGCUCCAGUGUUUAUGUUUCUAUGAAGACUCCAUCAAGUCUUCAUCCUGUCUUCUGCUUGGAUGCAGCAGCUCCGCCCUCUAGUGGACACGAGGUGUAAAUACAACCAGUGGUGUCCUACACAGCAGGUGGCAGGACUGUCAGAAACCACCGGACACGGCGAGGACGCAGGAGACGAAGAGCGAGGAAAGAUGAAGAGAGAAGUGGUUCACGUCGUCGGGAUGCUCUUUGUGGCCGUGUGUGUGAGUCUGCAGGCGGCUGCUGCAGGUGCAGUGAAAGCCGACGGAGCCGCAGGUGGAGGUAGCAGCGGUGGCGGCGGGGACACCAUCAGUCACUCCCUGAGCGUGGUGCAGCGUCUGGAGGCCCUGCUGGUUCAGGGGAACGGCAGCGACGUCUCUCUCAGGGUGGAGACGCCCAACGCGGACGAGGUGAAGGUGAUCCAGGUGCACUCGCUGGUGCUCUCCCUGCAGAGCCCCGUGUUCGAGGAGAUGCUGCUCAGCCGCAACAGCAGCACACUGGCCCUGAAGGAGAGCUCGGACUGUGCUGCUGUGUUCGACAGGUUCAUCAGGUAUCUCUACUGUGGGGAACUCUCUCUGCGUCUGGAACAGGCCACAGCUUUACACAAACUGUCCACUAAGUACCAGGUGACGGGUCUCCAGCAGGGCAUCACCCAGUACAUGACCCAGAACCUGGCCCGGGACUCGCCCUCGGGUCACGUGGCGGGCUGGUACGAGUACGCGGUGCAGGCCGGAGACGUGACCCUGAGGGACAGCUGUCUGCAGUUCAUGGCGUGGAACCUGUCGUCGGUGCUGCGGAGCGGCGAGUGGGUGACCAUCAGCAGCCAGCUCCUCAUGUCUCUGCUGCAGCGCUCCGACCUCAUCCUGCAGAGCGAGAUGGAGCUGUUCGCCGCGCUGGAGGCGUGGAUCAUCCAGAACGAGCCGGACGGGUUGACCGCUGAGAACGCUCUGAGAGCCGUACGCUACGCCAUGAUGCCUCCGCGGGAGCUCUUCCGCCUGCAGACGCAGUCCACAAUCCUCGCUCGCUAUCAGGAGUCUGUGCGCGACCUCCUCUACAUGUCGUACCAGUUCCACUCCGCGUCGCCGCUCAGCAUGGCGAAGUACUUCGACGUGAACUGCAGCCUCUUCGUUCCCAGGAACUACCUCUCCCCGGUGUGGGGGUCACCCUGGAUCAUCAACAACCCCACCCGAGACGACCGCAGCACCAGCUUCCAGACGCAGCUGGGACCAAGCGGACACGACUCCAGCAAGAGAGUGACCUGGAACGCCCUCUUCUCGCCGCGCUGGUUACCCCUCACCAUGAGGUCCAUGUACACGGAAACCGGCGCCAUGCAGCCGACGCGUGUGGACGGAGGGCGCCCUCGCAUCAUCAUCACACCGGCGACGUCUAGCGCAGACUUCGCCGGGGUGAACUUCCAGAAGACGGUGCUCGUGAUGGCGCAGCAGCAGGGGAAGGUGGUGGUGAAACACGUCUACAACUUCCACCAGAGCACGGAGGAAAACGGGGAUUUCUUGGCCGAGGCGGAUCUGUACCGCCGGACGUCCGAGUACCUCAUCGACAGCUCCCUCUACCUUCAUAUUAUAGUGAAGCCGCUGUACCAAACCCUCAUCACCACCAAGAACUGAGCCUCUACUGUCCCACGCAGAGCCACCAGACCUCAACACACCACCCGACCCCUCUGGAACUUCUCAUUACAGGGAUCUGAAUCCUCCUCGUGUGUGAUGAGUGGAUCAUUUGUAUUUUCAUCUGGCAACUUACAAACCAAAGCGUGACUGUCUGAACUGUUCAGCACCGUGCUCAGUGUGGGAAAUUAUGAUGAAGGAUGUUUGAAAGAGCAGAUACGGUGCUUCUAUAAUCUGUUCCCUUUCUAACAAUAAAGAACCAAAAUGACUUGAACGUAAA